GAGACACUGAGCGGCACCCCGGCCCCUCCCGUUCGUUGUCUGACUUGCUGGCGCAGGUCGGAAAGAUGCUGUCCUGCCGUCUCCAGUGCGCCCUAGCCCUGCUCUCCGUCGCCUUGGCGGUGAGCAGCGUCUCCGCGGCGCCCUCGGACCCGAGGCUCCGGCAGUUCCUGCAGAAGUCACUGGCUGCGGCAGCGGGCAAACAGGAACUGGCGAAGUACUUUUUGGCAGAAUUGCUCUCAGAACCCAACCAGCCGGAAAAUGAAGCCCUGGAGCCCGAGGAGCUGUCCCGAGGCGCCGAGCAGGAUGAAGUGAGGCUGGAGUUGGAGCGAUCGGCUAACCCCAACCCCGCCUUGGCGCCCCGAGAACGCAAAGCCGGCUGCAAGAAUUUCUUCUGGAAAACGUUCACCUCCUGUUAGCUUUGGGAGCCGGCCGCCGCCCCUGUUCCCCCCAUC